CCAACAUGACGACGAAAAUAUGUCUGUUUUCUCUCUCCACUCCUCCUCCUCCUCCUCAACUUCUUCUCAGUCACCGGCGGUCGAAUUUGUUUCUACCAUUCAAGGUCCGAGCUUCCACUUUUCCGGUGAAUUCUUUCUCCAAUCAUCAAGUUGUUGUUACGAGAGAACGUGGCAAAAACGAUAAGCUCAUCAGUGCUCUUGCAAAACAUGGGAUCAACAGUUUGGAGCUUCCUCUAAUUCAGCAUAUGCAGUUGCCUGAUCUGGAGAAACUUAUUUACCUAUUGAGUGCAGCCACUAGUUUUGAUUGGAUCAUCAUAACUUCACCCGAGGCAGCACUGGUUUUUCUUCAAGCUUGGAAUUACUCUCAUUUCAUCUACAAUCUUAGAGCUGCUGGGACCCCCAGUGUCAAGGUAGCUGUGGUUGGAACUGGUACAGCAAGCAUAUUUGACGAAGCUACACCUUCAUCUAAGCAGUUAAUUGAAGUUGCCUUUACUCCAUCAAAAGCAACUGGCAAGGUUCUUGCUUCAGAGCUGCCAAAGCAUGGGAGUGAAAGAUGCACUGUUUUGUAUCCUGCCUCUGCAAAAGCUAGUCGUGACAUAGAAGAGGGCCUUUCUAAGCGUGGAUUUCAGAUCACAAGAUUGAAUACUUACACGACGGAACCUGUCCAACAUGUGGAUCAAAUGAUUCUCCAGCAAGCACUGUCUGCUUCUGUAGUUGCAGUUGCAUCACCUUCUGCAGUUCGUGCUUGGGUCAAUCUUCUGCCUGAACCAGAGAACUGGAGUGGUUCUGUUGCAUGCAUUGGUGAGACCACUGCUUCUGCUGCCAGAAAAUUGGGAUUCAGAAGUGUAUACCACCCAUCCAGCCCCUGUCUUCAGGGAUGGGUUGACAGCAUUCUUGAUGCUUUACGCAUCCAUAAUCAAUUCUUGAAGGUCUAAGACCAAUCUUUGGGGCGUCUUGUUUUCCAGCGACUGUAAUGCUGGUGAAAGUUACAUCCAGAAGAAGUGAAGUUUUGUCACCAAGUGGAGACCUAACUAGGCUAUAACCAUAACAGGUCUAGGCCCAGUAAUAGAGCAUCCCUCUGAGCAAAUAAAGCUGAUUGUUCAAUAUCCAACAACAAUUGCCUUUAUGUCUCAUGCAGUGAUGGUGACUAACAGAAGCCCAACUUUAUUGAAAUCCACAAGGUAACGAUGAGAGCUUCAUGAUGAUAAUGGAUAUCUUAAAAUGUGUAAGCUUUGAUCCAAUCUAUAGAAAUAACAAGCCAAAAUUUUAAGGAUUACAUGGCAGCAGGGGAAGUGGAGAUGCAGGAAUUUUUUUAAUGAGAUUUUCAGGAAUGUGAAUAAAACUGAGCUAAUCCUGAAUACAGCAGCAAUACUCUAUGGCUUCUGCAGUGAUGAAUUGGGGUGGGGUUUGAGGAAAGAGGCUGGCUUGGUGAGAAGAGGAAAAGAAAAUUUACUGAUAAUGAAAAUGAUAAUAUUAGGUCAUUAUUUUGAAGUAUUGUAAGAUUGUACCAUAUGCAUAUGUACAUGUAUCUCAACCAGUUCGCUAGUUUAAAUCAUUAAUGGUAAAUUUAUGUGGCCAGGGGGGAUAUAGUUAUAUAUGAAAAAGGGUAGACACCAUCCUCUGGAGACCGCACUGUUCCCCCGACCAUUAAUAGGGGAGGUAAAUCAUGCAUACAUCCCAUUGGCAGAAGGGUGGUGCCCAGGAUCGAACCCAGGAUCUGACUUUUGCCUACACCCACCCCUACUGGGACAGAUUAGUGGGAAAAUAUACAGUCAUUUAUGUGUUGGUCGCUGGUUGCUUUUGGCCAGAAAUAGGCGUAUUUGAAACUAAGAGUUUGAAUGGCUUUAAUGAACUUCUACAAAUUCCUUGGCAAACUGAAAUACUGUAAAAUUUUCCUAUUCUCUACUUGAUCAUUAUCCCUGUUUUAUUUAUUUCUUAUUUCCAAUUAUGAGUACCCUCUUUCCU